AUGUGCUUUCGUACAAAGGAAAAAGCUAAAAACGGCAGAAACAAACAGCAAAACCGCAAGACGAAGACUCUUGAUGAGAAGGAGGAAACAAAAGUAGGACAUAACGACGGAAUUUCACAUCAGGUUGUAUUAGUUGUAAAGACAGUACGGGACAUGGAGUACCAUAGCUUAGAAAUGAUUUUUGUUGUACUGCAUUCAGUCAAGUAUAGCACAGUACCAGCAAUCUCCCCUACUAGUAAAUAUAAUCAGUGCAAUAUCUGUACUGGUCGCCUGCUUCAUACUUCCAAUGCUUGCAAUAAUUCUACACCAAAAGGCACAGACAAAAGACAUGCGAAAAACAAAAGUAGAAAACCAACUGCCGAUUUCAUAGUAGCAGAUGCUCGAAAAAUUGAAUCUGAUGAAAAGAGGAGUGAGACGAAUGAUGUCAAGCAAGAGGAAUCAGAUGAAGUCCAGCCACAGUUCCACAACUCAUUCAUUGCGGAAUAUACUCAGAGUGACACAUCGGAGAGUAAGGCAUCAGUCAGCGGCCAGUCGGAAUCAGUAAUAUUCGACAAUACACUAGAUGGAGUACCAACUGACAUGCCUGAAUACCAUCCAAAAUGA